AAGGCAGCUUAUACUACGUUCUGAAAUGUUCAAACUCGUUUUAGGCGACGCCGAGUACAUAGCGCUGAGUGAUCCUGCAGAAUGAUGAUCGAGCAGAUUAGGGUUUGCCUGAAGACGAAGCUUGUGUUUACCGUCAGUCAGAAACACGUGAUCAGCACGUGGGCACUCUUAGGAUACGGGAACCGUCAGAUAAGCCUGCUGCCCUGUCAGCAAGCCCGCUGCCCAUACUGGCGCAGCAUGAGACGACAUGUAUGCUCAGCUUUCCUUACAAAUUUUCUUUGCUUCGAGCUGAUUGCGCCAAGCUAGCUUUCUUCCAUUUCGCCUGCCUGUGCGCCAAUUCUGAAGAGACAACAAACAAUGGCUUCCUCUGAGCCUGUGCGUGUUAUGGUGACCGGCGCUGCUGGUCAAAUCGGUUAUGCUUUGGUGCCAAUGAUUGCUCGUGGAAUUCUGCUUGGCGCUGAUCAACCAGUGAUCCUGCACAUGCUUGAUAUUGAGCCUGCUGCUGAAGCACUGAAUGGAGUCCGGAUGGAGUUGGUCGACUCUGCAUUCCCCCUGCUCAAAGGUGUUGUUGCCACCACCAAUGUGGAGGAGGCCUGCAAGGGUGUCCAAGUGGCUAUCAUGGUCGGUGGCUUUCCCCGAAAGGAAGGCAUGGAGCGGAAGGAUGUGAUGACGAAGAACGUGUCUAUCUACAAGGCUCAGGCGUCUGCAUUGGAGAAGUUUGCUGACAAGGAUUGCAAGGUCGUGGUUGUUGCAAAUCCUGCCAACACAAAUGCGCUCAUCCUGAAGGAGUUUGCUCCCAAGUUCCCCGCCAAGAACAUCACCUGCCUCACCCGCUUGGACCACAACAGAGCCUUGGGUCAGAUUGCUGAGCGCACCGGGGCCGCCGUGUCUGACGUCAAGAAUGCCAUCAUCUGGGGCAAUCACUCUUCCUCCCAGUACCCAGAUGUGAACCACGCAGUCGUCAACGUUGAUGGCAAGGAGGUGCCGGUCAGGGAGCUAGUCAAGGAUGAUGCUUGGUUGGACGGCGAGUUUGUGAAGACGGUCCAGCAGCGGGGCGCUGCUAUCAUCAAGGCCCGCAAGUUCUCGAGCGCACUGUCAGCUGCCAGCUCAGUCUGCGACCAUGUCCGCAACUGGGUCAAGGGGACACCUGAGGGAACGUGGGUGUCUAUGGGAGUCUUGUCCGACGGCUCAUACGGCGCUCCCAAGGACGUCAUCUACUCCUUCCCGGUCACCUGCAAGAGCGGCGAGUGGACGAUUGUGCAAGGUCUAAAGAUUGACGACGCCUCUCAGAAGUUGCUAGACAUCACUGGCCAAGAGCUCGUCGACGAAAAGAAGCUUGCUUACGAGUGUUUGAAAGAGUAGGCCAAAACUGACAGCCUUGCAAUAUGUUUUGUUUUUACGAGUUUCCUUCUGAUAGUGCGACCAUCACAGAUUGGUCUCCGAAGAGAAAAGCUUGGGACCCUGCUUUGCUCAUCAGGGCAAGACCAUGCACGUUGCUUGUCUGACUGAGGAUCUUGAAGCCGUUCACAACUUUUCAGGUAGUGGAAGCGUCUCACCUUCUUGUCUUUGACCACGUUGAGAGUCUUCGCUUUCGUCUCUCACUUGGGAUCCGGCAGAAACUCUCCACUUUUACGCCUCAGUUCGGGACGGUUUGCCAAGUACUGGAAGCUGUAUUGCGAUGCUAAAUGUUUUUAUGUGCACGGUUCGUACAAUGAUCUGGCG